UGAUAAAUCGGCGAAGGCUUCAGGAUGCUGAGGUUGAAGAAAGCGGCCGCAAUCUCACCGUUGAAACCUUGGAACUUCCUCAAAUGGGAAGACGAUUACCUGCCGAUUUUUCAUUGCGGGAAUCCCUCUCAAUGGAACACCAAUCGAUUCGUAAACAUGUUUCAGACGGGAAGUAAGGAGGCAAUUGCAAAAGAGCGUGCUCGACUCAAGGAUGAGAUAGGCAGAGGCUACUUUGAUGAUAUAUCGGAAAUGAAGCGCCACGGAGGGAAGAUUGGAAUGGCGAAUAAGAUUAUAAUUCCAGCAGCAGCAGCAAUGAAGUUUCCUGCCAUCGAAGUGAACGGUUUGGACGCUUCUACUGUCAAACUACCUGUAAUUUCUGAUGAGAAGGCUGCUGGAACUUCCUCACCCAGUAAUGCCCCUAAAGCAUCUCUUGUGUGUUUGUCAUUCCGGGCAAGCUCACAGCCUAUGGUUGCUUCAUGGAGCUUGCCAUUCCUUAAAACUUUCGGCCACUACUCCACUGAUAUCCACUUAUAUGAGAUCUCCUUAAUAGAUACAUGGUUGUUGUGCUGGGGCCCUAUAAAGAAGCUACUCCUUAAGGUCAUGAGGAAGCCCAAGCCCGACGAAAAGCAACAAGUUUUUCAGAGACAAGUUGGUUAUUAUUUUGGUGAUCAUUAUUACUUCAGGAAGGAGCUUAAAAUAAUAAAUCUUCUCACCGGGUACGUAUUUCUACUAGACAAGUUUGGUAGAAUCCGGUGGCGAGGUUAUGGAUGGGCAACAGAGGAUGAAUUGGCAUCACUUAAAUUCUGCACAUCCCGGUUGCUGGAAGAGGAAUGAGUAAGUAACAGAUAAGCUGAUCAGGUAAAAUGUUUCGAAUACGAAUAUUGGGUCUUUUUUUGGUUCAAAACACAUGAGAUGAGAUGACAUUGCUAUGAUCAUCAUAAUCCUUGGGUGGCAUUUUUCACACUGCAUUUUUAGUUUCUUGGCUACCCGUGCUCGAUUGAUUGUUUUAUGUUUGGAUGCUAUUUCUUGGAUUGAGUCUGCAAUGAUUAUUGAAUUGUAUUUGUAUGUGUUUUUUGAUGGAUCUGUAGAGGUAGACUAUGAAUUACUUAGUUACUCAA